AACAACGAGAGUAAAUUAAAAUAAUCGUGUUAAGCGUUGAUUAACUUCUGGUUUUAAAUUUUGUUAUGCAUUGUUUUAUUUCAUCAUUUCGAUAAUACAUUAAUCUAGCCACGUUUUUAGAAAUAACUCCGAUGCCUUUUGCUAAAAUUACUUUCGUGCUUGUAAAUUUGACGUUAGUGGUAAUCACCGUUAUUCGUAUAUUUCUACCGAUAUAUUUCACUUACUACGACACAAUAAUCACGACGUUGAACUACGACCGCCAAUUCGAAUUCACACCUUUUUGGAUGACUGUGCUAGUACCUUGGGACCUGAUAUUGGCCUAUUCCAGUAUCCGUUCGAUUUUGAAAAACGAUCGCGAACAAAUUUUCGAGAACGCUUUUCGACUCUCGUUAUUCGGCCUGGUUAUCAUUUGGUUUAUCAAUGGACUCGGCGAACGAUUCGAGUCCAUGGCGCCGGUCACCUUAAAACGACGAAUCAAACAAUACGACAAAAACACUCGAGAUCGACAAGUUAUCGAUGCUAUUCAUACCAAGUUUAAAUGUUGCGGAUUCAGUAACUUGUUCGUAUGGAAACCGGAAACCGGUAUGCCGAGCUCAUGCUGUAAAGAUGGUGUUUGCAAUGGCACUAAUAUCUACACUGUCGGCUGUGUCGGACCUCUAAGUGAUUACAUCGAUAGCUUAAACGUAUGGUUGCUAUUCACAAAUUUCCCAUUUGUCGAGCUCCUCGUCAGCCUUUCCAGCUGUUUACUAACCGACUACCUGCCACCACCAAAUAUCAUAUACGAAUUGGGAGAUUUAGACGACGACAACAGCCCCUUCAGUCGUACCAUUCCAACCGCCGCACAGCUUCAGGCAUCCGAAAUCCUCAGACCUCGAAAAUUGCCCACAAGGACAUCGGAAUUGGCCUUACAGGCGGUAGCUUCCACUUAUAGCGUCGUCAAUGUGGAUUCGAAUUAGGGUAUAGUUCAACGUCCGGAUGCAGGGCCUGUCCAUGGAAGAUGGGGAAAGGACUACCCCCUUCCCCUCACCCAAUCACCGAAGCAUUUCCAAGGGAUAAAAUUCGAAAAAUUGUGAAAAAAUAUAAUUGUAAAACUUGUGUUUAAAUGAUAAUCAUUGUUGUAUUGUAUGAUCUUUGAAUGUAGUUGGUUAUAGUUAAAAUUAUUGUUCGGUUAAUUUCGUUAUAUUUUUUGAAUCGUAAGUAAAUUUUUCAUCAAAAUUGAUUAA